UCCGGCUUUUAUGAUUUUUUUUCCAAGGUUCUUUGUAGCUGUGGCCGAAUAAUUUAAUUUACCAGGAAAAUACGCCAAAAAACUUGAAAAAAUUGCAAGAAACAAGCUGCCUCCCGGAAUUACCGUGUAAUUUUUUACCAUUCUGUUCGUAGAGCGAAGCAUCACUGUGAGUUGUUUUGAACUUUCGCGAGAGCUGUCACUUUUUCCACCGAAGAAAAAUCAUUUUUAUGGGGUUAAGAAAAUUUUCCUAGCCGGUUAGGAAAAGUAAGUGAAUCCGUGUGAUAAAUCCAAAUUUCCCAUCUGCAACGGUGCUCACGGUGGGGUGUGAUAAGCCAAGAAGUUCAUUUGGGAUUUGCAAGAGGCACGCACGUGGAGAAGUUCGUGACAAUGGAGACGAAUGGCAAUGAGAAGGUGCCCGGAAAGUCAAAGCAGCACCAGCGAAAGCGAAAAGAUCAACGACGCGGGGAGGAAAAAGUGGUGGAUGCGAAGGAGGAGGUGAAACCGGUGGAGGUGCAGCAGCAGGGUGCUGGUGAGAUGGAGCCGCAGGGAACGAGUGAGGAUGUGCUGAACAAUAUGCGAGGAUUGGUGGAGCAGCUGAAGGUGGGGUCAAAGUACCUCAUGCGUACACCGAAGACACCCGAGGAGGCAAAUCAGCGCUCCUUCAAGUUCUGGUCAACGCAACCCGUGCCGAAGCUCGAUGAGACCAUCUCCACGAAUGAGCCAAUUGAUGCAGCACGCGAUGUUGCAGCCAUACGGCAGGAUCCGUACAGCCUUCCGGAUGGCUUCAAAUGGGACACGCUGGUGAUUGAUGAGAAGGACGUGCUGCAGGAGCUGUACACGUUGCUCAAUGAGAACUACGUGGAGGAUGAGGAUGCGAUGUUUCGCUUUGACUACCAACCGGACUUCCUCCGGUGGGCCCUUCAGCCACCUGGUUGGCGUACCGAAUGGCACGUUGGGGUGCGCGUUGUCAAGUCCGGACGCCUUGUGGGCUUCAUUUCUGCCAUUCCCGGGCAGGUGCGCAUCUACGACAAAGUGGAAACCGUGGUUGAGAUCAACUUUCUCUGUGUCCACAAGAAAUUACGCGCAAAGCGCGUAGCUCCGGUGCUAAUACGCGAAAUUACGCGCCGUGUCAAUCUCACGGGGAUCUUUCAGGCUGUCUACACGGCGGGUGUUGUUCUGCCGAAGCCCGUCUCCACAUGCCGCUACUGGCAUCGUUCCCUCAAUCCCCGGAAGCUCAUUGAGGUGAACUUCUCGCACUUGACGCGCAACAUGACGAUGCAGCGAACGGUCAAGUUGUACAAAUUGCCCGAAACAACGAAGACUCCCGGCUUCCGGAAGCUCACCCCGCGUGACAUUCCGGAGGCGCACAAGUUGCUUGAUGCGUACCUGAAGAAGUUCAACUUGACGCCCGUCUUCACGGAGGAGGAAUUUCGGCACUGGAUCACCCCACGUGAGGGCAUCGUUGAUAGCUUUGUCGUCGUGAAUGACGCCGGUGUGGUCACGGAUCUCGUGAGCUACUACACACUCCCAUCCACGGUGAUGCAUCAUGCGGCACACAAGUACGUGAAGGCGGCGUACUCCUUUUACAACGUCUCCACUGUGACACCGUGGCCACAGCUCAUUCAGGAUGCACUCAUUUCGGCAAAAACCCUCAAUUUUGACGUGUUCAACGCUCUGGAUCUCAUGGAGAACCACAAAUUCCUGCAGGAGCUGAAAUUUGGCAUUGGCGAUGGGAAUUUGCAGUACUACUUGUACAAUUGGCGCUGCCCCAGCAUGAAACCCGAAGACAUUGGGCUGAUUCUCCUUUAGAAAUCUUCAGCAAUUUUCUCCUCUUUCCUCCUUCCUACUCCUCCCACACACUACAUCCCCCACGCGACUGCCCAAAAAGGCCCAACGUUAGAGCUUCUCCUUCAACAAAAAAAAUCCUUAUGUGGCGCAACUUUUAUACAAAACAUAAAAAAUAUGUAAUAAUCAGCAUUUCCUCACAAUCUGUGGAGCAUUUUAUUUCUCACACAAAAGAGAGUCUUUAGAAACAAAAUAAAUCGAUUAAAAUCUUUUCUUUUUCUGUAUAAUAGAAUAUUAUUAUAAAUCUUGCAAUAAAUACGUGGCUAGAGAAAGAA